ACAGGCCAGCUUCUGGGACGGGAGCGGUGUUUCCGCCCCAAUUGCUGCCGGAAAAUCCCAAGCCGAACAAACAAGUUGAGGCAACAUGCAUCAGGGUCCCUCCUUCUCAUUCAGCUACUGCUUCAGGAUCGAGAGGAAGAGCUUGCUUCCCCUCCAAGCCUUCAGCUAGCUCCCUCCCCCUUGGCAGGGAUUCUUCCAAGUUAUAAAAACUGAGACUCUAGAGGGGAGGAAAACAAGUCCACUCACUGUCCUCGCCCUUCUCCCCUCUGGGCUGUUGAAGCAAGUUCCCAGGAACAGUCCUGGGCUCCUGGUUGACUGAAAGGGAGGUAGGAGGGGUGGAAUGCAUGCAUAAACUGAGCUGAUCAAGAGACAGUGCUGUUUCAAGGCCAUCUAGAACUCAGGGAAUAUGUGUAAGUACGAGCACGCAUAUGCGUGCGCGUGCUAGCUCGCUCUCAGGGUUCCGGGUUGAGGGAGAGCGCCUAGUUGAGUGAGCAAGCCUGUGUACAGCCUAAGAGGACAAGGUCUCCAUGACAACCGGCCUGGCUGGCUAGCUGUGCUAACUCUGCUCACUUGGCUGGAAGGAGUGUCUUGAAAGGUCAGAGGAAGGAGCUUGUGAGAAGCUCGCAGCAGGUACUGGAGCUUAAGCCGUGGAUCUGGGGGGCCCUGGGCUCCCUAAGCGAAUGUGGUGUGUGUGAGCCAGUCUCUGCUGAGAAUGGAGUGGGCAAGAAAUCACCCUGACUACCAGGGCUCUGGGUUUGCAGAAAGCCGAAAUGACCAUGACUGCCAACAAGAACUCCAGCAUCAAUCAUGGAGCCGGAGGCACUAAAGCCCCUCGGGAGACUCUGAGCAGGUCUCAGUCAGUCUCUCCACCUCCAGUUUUGUACCCUCCAAGAAGUCCCAUCUACCCACUCAGUGAUAGUGAAACCUCAGCCUGCAGGUACCCCAGCCAUUCUAACUCCCAGGUGCUCCUCAAGGACCGGCAUCCUCGCAGCCCUUCACUCUUAGGUCCUCAAGAUCCCUCCCCAGAGACUUCACCACCCACCUGUACCCUCAAGGCUACCAGCUUCAGUUAUUUGGACAGAACCCCUUCAACACGCAAGAGAAAGGACCAAAAGGAGACUGUCCUGGGUGCAGCCCAGGAUGUAGAGGGUGUGACUGCUUGCCUCCCACUUGCCCAGAGCACCCCAUUCUUAGGGCCAGCGGCUGGCCCGCGGAAUAUCUUACUGACUUGCACUGGUACCCGAGCCCAUAACCUGGGCAUCCGGGAGAAGAUUUCAGCAUGGGAAGGUCGCCGAGAGGCUUCACCCAGGAUGAAUCUGUGUGGAGAGAAGCGGGAAGGCUCUGGGAGCGAGUGGGCAGCCAGUGAGGGCUGCCCCAGUGUGGGCUGUCCCAGUGUGGUGCCAUCUCCCUGCAGCUCAGAAAAGACCUUUGAUUUUAAAGGCCUCCGGAGAAUGAGCAGGACCUUCUCUGAGUGUUCCUACCCUGAGACAGAGGAGGAGGGAGAGGCACUCCCUGUGCGGGACUCUAUAUACCGGCUGGAGAAGCGGCCAGGCCGGAAUGAGCCCGGUGCCUUGCUCAGGGGUCAUGGCAGCAGGAAAGAGAGCUCAGCAGUGCUGAGCCGGAUCCAGAAAAUUGAGCAAGCCCUAAAGGAGCAGCCUGGCCGGGGUCUUCCCCAGCUCCCCAGCAGCUGCUACAGUGUAGACCAUGGGAGGAGGAAGACUGGAACCAUGGGCACCUUGGAGGAGCCAACAGGGAGUACAAGUUUGAGCUCCAGCAGCAGGGCAGGAGGAGUAGCUGGAAUUGUGGGGGAGGCAGGCCCACCUCUGGACAGGGAAGGCAGUGGUCCCAUGAAGUCAGGGACCCCUGGAAAUAGCCCUAGCCCACAGCUGCUGCCUUCAAAGAGCUCUCCUGAUCCUGUGAACCCUGUCCCCAAACCCAAGCGUACCUUUGAAUACGAGGCUGACAAGAACCCCAAGACUAAGCCAAGUAAUGGUCUACCUCCUUCACCUAUACCUGCUGCUCCACCCCCCUUGCCUUCCACACCAGCCCCACCAGUCACCCGGAGACCAAAGAAGGACAUGCGUGGUCACCGGAAGUCACAGAACAGAAAAUCCUUUGAGUUUGAGGAUGCAUCCAGUCUCCAGUCCCUGUAUCCCUCUUCUCCCACUGAGAAUGGUACUGAGAGUCAACCCAAGUUUGGAUCCAAAAGCACUUUAGAAGAGAAUGCCUAUGAAGAUAUUGUGGGAGAGCUUCCCAAGGAAAACCCCUAUGAGGAUGUGGACCUAAAGAACCGAAGAGCUGGAAGAAAAUCUCAGCAGCUGUCUGAGAACUCCUUGGACUCUUUGCACAGGAUGUGGAGUCCCCAAGACAGGAAAUACAACAACCCACCCAUGCAGCUGUCCCUGAAACCCAGCAGUCAGUCCCUGCGCAGUGGGAACUGGUCAGAAAGGAAGAGCCAUCGUUUGCCACGAUUACCCAAGAGGCAUAGCCAUGAUGACAUGAUGCUGCUGGCUCAGCUGAGCCUGCCAUCUUCACCCUCCAGCCUCAAUGAGGAUAGCCUCAGCACCACAAGUGAGCUGCUGUCCAGCCGCAGGGCCCGCCGAAUUCCCAAGCUUGUCCAAAGAAUUAACUCUAUCUAUAAUGCCAAGAGAGGAAAGAAGAGAUUAAAAAAACUGUCUAUGUCCAGCCUUGAGACAGCAUCGUUGAGAGAUGAGAACAGUGAAAGCGAGAGCGACUCUGACGACAGGUUCAAAGCCAUUGUCCAUGGAGAGUGGUUACUACGUUUGCUUGCCCACACACAGCGCUUGGUCCACAUCCAGUCCAUGCUGAAGCGUGCGCCCAGCUAUCGGACACUAGAGCUGGAGCUACUUGAAUGGCAGGAACGGGAGCUCUUUGAGUACUUCGUGGUUGUGUCCCUCAAGAAGAAGCCAUCCCGGAACACCUACCUCCCGGAAGUCUCCUACCAGUUUCCCAAGCUGGACCGACCCACCAAGCAGAUGCGGGAGGCAGAAGAAAGACUCAAAGCUAUUCCCCAGUUUUGCUUUCCAGAUGCCAAAGACUGGCUCCCUGUGUCAGAGUACAGCAGUGAGACCUUUUCUUUCAUGCUGACUGGGGAAGAUGGCAGCAGACGCUUUGGCUAUUGUAGGCGCUUACUGCCAAGUGGGAAAGGGCCUCGGUUACCAGAGGUGUACUGUGUCAUCAGCCGCCUAGGCUGCUUCGGCUUGUUUUCCAAGGUCCUAGAUGAGGUGGAGCGCCGGCGUGGGAUCUCAGCUGCACUGGUCUACCCCUUUAUGAGAAGUCUCAUGGAGUCGCCUUUUCCAGCCCCAGGGAAAACCAUCAAAGUGAAGACAUUCCUGCCUGGUGCUGGCAAUGAGGUGUUAGAGCUGCGGAGGCCCAUGGACUCUCGGCUGGAGCACGUGGACUUCGAGUGCCUUUUCACCUGCCUCAGCGUACGCCAGCUUAUCCGAAUCUUUGCCUCGUUGCUGUUGGAGCGCAGGGUCAUUUUUGUAGCAGAUAAGCUCAGUACCCUGUCCAGCUGCUCUCACGCGGUGGUGGCCUUGCUCUACCCCUUCUCCUGGCAGCACACCUUCAUUCCUGUCCUCCCAGCCUCCAUGAUUGACAUUGUCUGCUGUCCCACCCCUUUCCUGGUUGGCCUGCUCUCCAGCUCCCUUCCCAAACUAAAGGAGCUACCAGUGGAAGAGGCACUGAUGGUGAAUCUGGGAUCUGACCGAUUCAUCCGACAGAUGGAUGAUGAAGACACGUUGUUACCUAGGAAGUUACAAGCUGCUCUGGAGCAGGCUCUGGAGAGGAAGAACGAGCUGAUCUCCCAGGACUCUGACAGUGACUCCGAUGAUGAAUGUAAUACCCUCAAUGGACUGGUAUCAGAAGUGUUUAUCCGGUUCUUUGUGGAGACUGUGGGGCACUACUCCCUCUUUCUGACACACAGUGAGAAGGGGGAAAGGGCCUUUCAGCGAGAGGCCUUCCGAAAGUCUGUGGCCUCCAAAAGCAUCCGCCGUUUUCUUGAGGUUUUUAUGGAGUCUCAGAUGUUUGCUGGAUUCAUCCAAGACCGGGAGCUAAGAAAGUGCCGGGCAAAGGGCCUCUUCGAGCAGCGAGUGGAGCAGUAUCUAGAAGAGCUCCCUGACACUGAGCAGAGUGGGAUGAACAAGUUUCUCCGUGGCUUGGGCAACAAGAUGAAGUUCCUCCACAAGAAGAAUUAAAUGCCUUUCCCAGUAGCAGAGUUUAGUGCUUUGCAGAGCCUGGGGAGAGGGCCUAGCCUGGGACCCCAUGGGCUGUUAUGACCACUCUGCCCCUACAGACAGCACCUCCAAGUCAGUCCACCUCUGCCUUCACCAUAUCCCAGGAUACUGUUUGUAAAUAAUCUGCUGUAAGCUUUCUUAACUGUUUUUGUAACACACAAAGAGAAUCUGGUAAAUAUUUGUAUAUUCCCAAAGGGCCGGGUGCUUUCCUGCCUUGUCUGAGCAUGGAUGGAGUCUUGCUGGGUGCUGGUGACUGGCCAAGUAUGUGCAGCUGACUGUCUCAGCCAAACCACUGAUGUUUCCUGAAGGCUUCUGGCCUGCCUGCCUGAGGCCCCUGCUGCCAGUCUCAGGCCUGGAGAGCAGGUGCUGGCUUAAUUGUGUACAAGAAGACUAUUUUUUUUUUUUUUUUAAUCCUAGAGUUUCUAUCUUCUUAGUAGUUUACUAUCCCCAAGCCUCUGUUUCUGAAAGGCAAGGACCAUUCUGCCCCUACUUGCAAUGUAGAGCCAGGUACUUGGGCCUGGUCCUCUCCUGUUCCUUCCACCUUCUGACAUGGUCAGUGAAGUCAUGGGAAGCACAGAUCCCAGUCAGUGGUGGCCAUGAUGCGGUACAGGGCAUUCUUCCUUCCACCAUCCACAGAUGUUCUCAAUAAACUGUACAUUCAUUUGUGCCCAAGAG